CAUUGUGACGCUGAAUGAACAUGGUUUGAAUUUUCCAGUUGCUUUACCCGUCGAAGGUUUAACUUACCAAGAUCUGACAAACGAUGGACCCCAAUAAACCUUUGGCAGACACAUUCCGUCGCAUGAGCGUGACGCUUGAUCAGAAUAGUCAAGUUCUUUUGUCCAGUUUACAGACAAUGAAAGAUAUAACAGGAGAUCCAACCUCAGGUUUUCACGAUAUCGUUAAAGCAGAAAAGGUAACAGUUGAGCUGAAAUGUGCAUUCCUGAAGAUAGUUGACAUUGACACAAUUACCCAACAAUUUCAAGCUGAGAUAUUUGUCCAGGCAAAAUGGGAAGAACCAGCUUUUUCAAAACCUCAAGGCAAAGCAAAUAAACUUCCCAAGUUUGACCCAAAGAUUCACUGGGAUCCUAAGUUAUUAAUUCUAAACUGUGAAGAUAUGUGUCUUGAUCGCAAGACGUUCUCAGUUAGGCAUGAUCAAAACUACAAACAUCCAGUUGUUCUACAGCUGUGGAGAUUUAAAGGAACAUUUCGAGAGAAUAUGGAAUUGGAACACUUUCCUUUUGAUGUGCAGGAUUUGACAAUUCAAGUUGGCACAGAGCGACCAAUCAACAAAAUUGAACUGAUUGAGGACCAACACAUGCUCAGUACCGUCAACACAUAUACAUUUCUUGAUGCUCAGGAGUGGAAUAUCUACAACCAUGUAGAAUCAUUCCGUGACAAGACCACCAUGGAAUAUGCAAGUUUGUCUUCCCAUCCCAUCCUUCAUGUUCAGUGUAGGGUCAAGCGUAAGGUUGGCUUCUACAUUUGGAACAUAAUUGUCAUCAUGAUUCUGAUAGUCUCGCUGACUUUCACCGUGGUUUCCAUCGAACCCAACAAUGGUGAUCGUAUAAGCAUCUGCAUCACACUGUUCUUGACAGCUGUGGCCUUCAAGCUAGUGGUCAAACAAAGCUUACCAACAAUAUCCUAUUUGACCUACUUGGACAUAUAUAUCCUGUCACUAUUGAUAUUCCUGUCUGUGCAAGCUGCUGAGAAUGCCUUCAUGUGUGCCCUUGGAAGGGUUUUGCCUAUCAAAGUACUGCGUACCUGGGAUCGAUGGAGCGAAUCCGCUCUUGCCGUACUUCUUCUCCUUUUCCAUAUCCUUUUUGGGAUUUACAUUCAACACACUGCUCUGAAAAGACGAAGAAUCAUGAAAGACAAAGACAAACUGUAUGAGAAAAAGAAACAAUACACUGAGCAAUAUGGCAGAAUGAUGACAAAUGCUGGAUUCUCACCUGGGAGGAGAGAGAGAAGACAACCAUGAAACCAGUG